AGCCUCUGACUUCAACAUGAUGUCACUGAACAUGUCUUCUGUUUUAAGGUAACACUGCAGAGGUUUGGGGGUUUUUCCCGCUGAUCCUACUUGUCUGCUGUUACUGUUUACUGGUUUGUUUUUGUUGGACAUAACUCAUGUUAUAGGGAAAUAUGACGUUUAUCCUUUUAAAUUCACCAGAUAUUUAAAGUUCCUUAUAUUAGAAGCAUGGCAGUGAAAUUGAAAAGCUGUUUCCUAACCACUGCAGUCAGAUAAAAGUUUCUAGGCAGUGGACAUGGAGCCUACAGUCGUGUCUGGCCCUUUGGGGCACACUCAGUGGGAGCCAGAGCAGCCAUUUCCUCUGGGAUUUCAGACCAACAGUAGAGGUGAGCUCAGUCCAAACAAGACUGGACAGGCAGGUUUGGACUUCAGGAAAGGGGAUCAGGAUGAAACUCUCCAAAAGUGUGUGCAAAAGCCAGUGGCGCUGGAGGACCUCAUACAGGUCUCAGCUUUUUCUUGUGAGGAUUUGCAGUAUGAAGGAGAACAGUCUAGCAUUUCUCAAGCUAAUGCUUAUUUCCAAGGAUUGACUUUCAAGGAAAAUUUUGAAGGACUUGAUGACAUCAGUGACAACACUUUGUCAUGGCUCUUUUCUCCAGCUUUGGCUGAUGUAAUGGGGAAAACCUCAGCCAGUAAGGAGUUGACUUUAGAACCAGAUUCCCUUGUUGAGAACUCAAAUGCCCUCAGCGUUCAGGGUGACCUAAUAAGCCUCAGUGUGCCAUCCUCUCCUCUUAAUAUCUCCCGGAGGAAUUCUGAAUCCAAUGAAGAACUGUUUUUGCUAGUCGACCUCUCAGAUGAACUUUCUGGUCUCACCCAGGAUUCCUCAAGUGAGUUAAAAGCCCAGAUUGUUACAGAGGAGCCGCCUCGAGAGGAGCAGGCAGGUCUCCCUCCCUCACAGAGCAGGGAGACUUUGUCACCUGAAACCAGAGACAAAGGUUUAUUCCCUGAUCAAGUGACUGCUCUGCCUAUAACAAGGAGCAUUGCUGAGCAAGGUUUAUCUGAGAAUUGCCAUUCACCUGAUCACAUCAGCGAACCACCACAGGGUUUAGGAGGAACUGUGCCUUUGUUGGAUUUAGAGGUGCCAGAUUUUGACAGCAGCUUGUGCCCUGCCAGUCUUGACCCUGCUGUCUGCACUGAUUUACCAAAUAAUGUAUCGGCUGACGUGUCGGAGGCAGAAGCUACCGUAAUCAGGCAUAUUCCUUUGAAGGAGCAAAGGGAAAAUGAGUUACUUGCUCUGGGUCCAACAGAUGAACCAUCUUUUCUGACACUGCCUGUGGAUGAAGAUGCCUGCAUUCACAAUGAUCUCACCAGUGAGUGCAACUCUGUGGAAAACAUGUCUGUGGAUUUGAUGGAAGACCAAAAUAGUCAUGUUGCUAAAACACAGUCGUACCAGGAGGAAAUGGCUUUGGAUCUCUGCUUGACUGUUGAAGAUGUUCAUGAUGACUCCUGGGACGUAGAACAGCAGGAGACUAUAAAGGGAGGAAACAUUCCUUGUUUACGAGCAGAGGAGAGGCUGAUGGACCAGCCUGAGGAUUCAGAUCAUCUUCAUCAGGUGGCUUCUUUUGAUUUGUCAGUUCAGGACAUAAACAUUUCUUCUCCGGAAGCUGGAUGGACUAGUGAGCAGGCUGUGGAGAUGAUCUCCCACUCUGAGAUGGUGGGGAAUGACUCUCUGCCAGUGGUCUCAGCUGUAAAUACGAGACAAGAAGAUGCAUCUUCGCUGAAAGCUGUGUUCGACGCUUUAGACCAAGAUGGAGACGGCUUUGUCCGUAUUGAGGAGUUUAUGGAGUUUGCGGCCGCCUAUGGAGCAGAUCAGGUGAAGGAUCUAACAAAGUUUUUGGAUCCCAGUGGUCUCGGAGUCAUCAGUUUUGAAGACUUCCACAGAGGAAUCUCUGCGAUUAGCAAUGGAGGUCCAGAACCACAGCUCUACAGCUACAGUCCCGGGGACGGAGCCGUUGGCUGUCCAGAGGAGUACGAUGAGCAAAAUGAGGUAACAGACAGCGCCUACCUGGGCUCAGAGAGCACAUACAGUGAGUGUGAAACCUUCACCGAUGAGGACACUGGGGCACUUGUUCCUCCUGAGAUGCACGAGGAUGUGGAGACAGACAGCGGCAUCGAAGCCACGCUGCACGAUCCUGAGGAUGGUGGAAGCAGGUUUUCCCUGAACUCGGAGCUCCACAGCCACUCCUUAGUGACGGUCAUCAGUGGAGAGGAGGAGCACUUUGAGGACUUUGGGGAGAGCAGCACGUCAGAGCUGCUGCUGGAGACGAGCGCGGACGGCUCCAUGGGAGAGGGUGACUCCCCUCUCACAAAGCCACCUGAGCAGGUCAAUGGUUCGUCUGUCAUUGCUUCCAGCACACCCGCUUCUCUCCCUGACUGCUUUCAGAGCUUCCUCAGGGAGGAGGCGCUGGACUUUUUCUGUAGCCAGUGUCACAAACAAAUAAGUCGUCUCGAAGACCUCUCCACCCGCCUCAAUUUCCUAGAGAUGACUAGCGCUGGCAAGAGGCUUUCCAGCAAGAAGGUGGCGAGACAUCUCCUCCAAAACAGCUCGAUGACUCUGGACACCAUGAGUGACUUAACGCGGGACAUCCUGGAGCUCGCGGACAAUGACAUCACAGACAAAGUGCUGCUCCUGGAGCGACGAGUGGCUGAGCUGGAGAAGGAGUCCGAGUCAUCAGGAGAGCAGCACGCACGGCUGCGCCAGGAGAACCUUCACCUGGUGCACCGGGCCAACGCCCUCGAAGAGCAGCUGAAGGAGCAGGAGCUCCAAGCUGACGAGCAGCUGCAACAAGAGACCCGACGUCACAAGGAGGCCUUGAGCAAGUUGGAGAGGGAGAAAGGGCUGGAGCUGGAAAACGUCCAGGCCAGGCUGCAGCAGCUGGAUGACGAGAACAGCGAGCUGAGGUCCUGUGUUCCUUGUCUUCGAGCAAACAUCGAGAGACUGGAAGAGGAGAAAAGAAAGCUCCAGGAUGAGGUGGAAACUAUGUCUGACAGACUGAACGAGGAGACUGAAUCUCGAAGGAAGAUGGCUGACAAGCUGAGUCACGAGCGUCAUCAGAACCAAAAGGAGAAGGAGAGCACUCAGGAGCUUAUAGAAGACCUGAGGAAGCAGCUCGAGCACCUUCAGCUGUACAAGCUGGAGGCCGAGGCGAAGCGAGGCCGGUCUCCCAGCGCAGGGCUGCAGGAAUAUCAGACCCGAACCCGUGAGGCUGAAUUAGAACAGGAGAUCAAACGACUUAAACAGGACAACCGUACUCUGAAAGAGCAGAAUGAUGAAUUAAACGGGCAGAUUAUCAACCUGAGCAUCCAGGGAGCCAAGAAUUUGAUGUCUGCCUCUUUCUCAGAUUCCCUGGCAGCUGAGAUCAGCUCCGUGUCUCGUGCAGAAUUGAUGGAGGCUGUUCACAAACAGGAAGAGAUCAACUACCGACUCCAGGACUACAUCGACAAGAUCAUUGUGGCCAUCAUGGAGUCCAACCCCUCCAUCCUGGAGGUCAAAUAGACACCACGCAGCCCGAGGAGCGGAGGGCCACCGGCUCUCACGCCACAGGCUGAAAGUAUAUUUAUAGUGAAGACCUGGCAAGACGGAAACGAGGGAGAGGAUGUACAAAUUAAUUUAUUCUGACCUCCUUGCAACGCUCCCAACUCCAGACUUUUUUCUGAUAAGAAGAAGGAUAGAUUUCUAAGAAGUCAACGGCUGUCAGUAAAAAAUAAGCUUGUUAAUAUUUCAUUUCUGUUCAGUUUGUGUGAAUUUGUAUGUUAGCCUCCUGAGAGCCCUUGGGUUCUGGUGACGUCCAUGUAUUUGGCUAGAGGAACCCAACUCCAUUUUCUCCUCUGUUCUCACCUUUUAAUUGAGCUAAAAAUGAUCAGCUUGUUCUACCUAAAGGCCUUAAGCAACAGUUGAUCAAACUAUUGCAUUCUAUAAAAUGUACCAUAUGUGACUCGGUCCAAUCCGAGGCGACCCGAACCAGGCUGAGUCGUGCUUUAAUCACGAGCCUCAUGAAGCUCUGGUUGGGGGUUGAUGUGCUGCCUACAAGGUCCUCUGCGUGCUCGGUGCGUUCACCACGCUACGCUGUCAUUCCAACCCAAGUGAGAGACGUUUCUCCUGGCUUCCAGAUGAGAAAUGCCUGGAGGGUUUUGUUUUGUGUGUGUGUGUGUGUGUGUGUGUGUGUGUGUGUGUGUGUGUGUGGGGUGUUUGACAUUCCCUUGCUUCUGUUUGUGAGAAUCCGAAUGGCGACACUAAAAUGGGAUGAAAAGUAUAAAACAAUCAUUCUUGUAGGGGUCAGAGUCACAAGAUGGAGGAAGUUGGUGAUUUCUUAUUAUUUUUACAAUGAAACAGGGUCCUGGAUUUCAGGUGGGCUGGAAAAGCACUACAGGUCCGACGCAUCUCAGACUGACGAAUAUGUUUGACACCAAAGGACUCAGACUAACGUUGGAAACUCUCCAGACAUUUAAAGGGUCAGUUAAGAAUUUUUUUUAAAGUGAGGUUAAGAUGAUAAGCUCUUGUCUUACCUGCAGUAGAUGAUUCGGUUGAUAUCUUCAUUUUAGUGUAAAUCCAGAGUAGUCAGUCCCCGGAUGCUGGAGCUAACGGCUAAUCUGAGGAGCCAAGACCAACCAGAUGACCACCUUCUUGAUAAAACUCCAAGAUCAAAAACAUCAAUUCGGUUUCUGUGAACGCAGUUUUUAUAAACCUUUUUAAACCGUUUGUAUUGGAUGGUUAUUUACAGAGAGGCAGAUGAUUAUUUGCAUGCAAAAUGGAGGCUUGAGGCAGUGCGCCACCACUAGUCUUCCUGUGUGAAACAUGUAAUGAGGAAGGAACAUCAGAGGAACUGUCUCGUAUAAAAGUAAAGCUGUGUCAGAAGCUAAAAACGUCCUUACUUAUGUCCAGUUUUUGCUCUGAUCAGAAACGGUCUACAUGUUCUCAGUAUGCGUUUCAUGCAGGAAGAUCAUUGGUGGCGCACCACCUCCUUCCUUCACUUCCCAUGUUAGAAAUCACUGGUGUCUUGUGAUGCGAACCGGAUAUAAAGGUUCAUAAAGACAAUUUGCAUCAAAGACUGAAACGUUCCAGGUUGGAGUUAAGACCGCAGACGUCCUUUCAGACUAACUGAUAUUCGACCAACUAAUCUGGAUUUACACUGAAUCAAGAUGUGAGUAUUCUACUGUAGGUAAAAUAUUAACUACUCUUAGCCCUUCAACAGAGCCUCAAUUCAGAAAUUCUGAGCUAUCCCUUUUUAAAUUAGGCUUUAAAGAAAAACCAUUAACCAGCUCUGGAAACCAGUACAGCCCACCUGAUCCCAGUGUUAUCUUGCUGAGUGAAACGGGGAAGUUUAUAUUUUCUGUUUGGUUUAUUGUCAGUUAUCACAACUAUAAAAUGCUGGCAUUUAACAAGUUGUAUGUGAAGAAUUUAAUGGUUGUAUUUUGCACUUUGAUAUGAUUGGAUUAAUUGUUUUCCUUGGAAGCAGAAAGGAAAUUUCCUACGAAAGGAUAAGGAUGGAAAUUGGGAUCUUUUGUUGGAAGCUGUUUGAACUGAAGAAGAAAAAUCAACACGCACUACAAUGACUGCAUUUUUAACCAAACCUAUCCGAUGCCGUAUCAGAUGAUUCUGCAACCAUCUCUUUAAAUGUAAUCUUUAUUACUAGCAUUGUUUCAGCCAGCUCAGAAAGAUAUGGCAAGCCUCUUGUAGCAAUAAUGCUGGGUAAGAAAUGAAUUGAGGGUAAUUGAAGAACCCUGCUCUUCUUUUCUUCUGCUGGUUGAGGAAUACAUCAUGCACCAUGAACUGAUCUGGACUAAGCGGUACUGUGCAAAACUCUCUUGUGGACACUAAUACUGACCGGGGUGUUGGGAAUUACUCCUGACAUCCUGAAGGAUUUAUAUCAUGACCUUUGACACCAAUAUGUUUGAAGGUUUCCUCUGUUCGCCUCUUUAUCACUGCUCCACACUUGCCACUCCACGGAGGAAAAAAAAUGGCCUUGGAUGUAAAUGACUUGUAAAGUUUUUUCUACACUCAUUCUAGAUUCUAGGUAUUUUUAUAGUCGCAGCAGAGGGAAGAUGAUUUCUUUAGUCUUACACGGAGAAACGGUUGCCUGUGCUCUUCUUUAGCAUGUAGCGUGUACAGUAUCUGUAAGGAUUCUUUGUUUUCCACGCCGAUAUUUAUUCGUCGACAGCUCACACUGAACCGUUCUGCUGAGGAUAUGUUUGUGCAUUAUUGAUUUCACAAGAGAUUUAUUGACACUGAUCAAAUCUGUGGGAGAAUUUAUUAGUAAAGUUUUUGUCUUAAGAAUUUGUGCACACAAAGCUUGACUGUGAGCUGCCCAGGAUGGCCGUUGAAGGUCGAUGCACUCUUCCACGACGCCGUUGUUGCUUUGACCCGAUCCAGGCUUGGGAUGCAGAUGCGGCAAAGCGCAGUUUUCCCCGUUGUCUUCCCAGAUGGAGUCAGGCACUGCAUGGAUACAGAUUCCCUAUUGCACAUCUCUGAUCCACGUCUUUGACUUGCGUCCUGACGGAUCUUCACAUUCUCUAGAACAUGCACUGACUGAAAUCUGGACCUCAUGUUGACCAAGAUUACAUUUCGAAACCUUCUGGCUUUUACUAGGGUGGAAAAUAUAUUUUCAAAUGAAUCAUUUCUUUAUUUCUUCGAGUGAAAGUAUUACGUGGACACAGCAGGCUGCAUUAUGUCUAAUUUCCUUUUUUGGACAGAUAGUUUGAUGAUCAGCAGGCAGUCCAACAGUGUGAUUAGUAACCUGAUCUAUCAUUUUAAUUCCUGAUUUAGACACGACCAAAGACCGAUUCUGUUGAUCACCUAUUUGGUAAAAACUUUAACUCUUCUAAAUCCGACCUGCCCUCUGCUCUGAUGGAAGCUAGCCUGGUAGCAGAGCUGGUCCAAUGCGAUGUAAGGCCCUGAGUUUAAUUUGGGGCCCUCACCCAUAUCACUCAUGUUCAAAUGUUUAGGUAUUGUUCAUAUAACCCAUCAAAGCAGUUUGUUUCUUCUUCUGCAGUUUGUCAUUGUACCGUGUGGAAAGCUGGAGCGUAAAACCAACUAUGCUACUUGCUAAAUGUUAGCCUAUUCAACCAAAAGUAUUUUACUGAAAUUCUGCAGUCCGACUGCACUGAUUUAGGAUCAGGUUUAUGUUGUAAAAACAUUGUAGUGCUCUUGGGAGCCCCCUUUUGGUUUUGAGGCUCUAAGCUGCUGCCCAGUUUACUUCUACCUUGGGCCGGCUCAGCCUGUAGUUUUAACACUGUGCCUCUGUGUCUCAAACUAACCUGCUGAUGAGCCCUACGUGAAGCCAGUUGGUUUUAAAUAAUCCAAUCAAAAACUGAGCUGUAAAUAUUUUUCCUUUUUCUCCGUCUCCCUUAAACACGCUUCCAGUGUCCAAAGAAAGUUUGCUGAAGGCAUUACCACCAGAGUAGUGCACAACUUGCCAUUGUGUGACACGGGAGGACGGAGCGCAAAUAUUGUAGAAAAGAGAUUCUGUAAGAAGUAAAGUUAUUCCUAUUUUCAAAGAUAAAUGUAUAAAUUAUAACAGUAUUGGGUACAGCUGUAUAAUAUUUUUGGAACUCUCCAAAAUGAUUUACUCCUAAUUGUUACUGGGGAAAUAUGUCAUUUAUUGUAAAAAGAGAAAAUUUAAAGGUAAGAAGUGGAAGUAAUAGAAUAAAUAAAUAAAAUAA